CCUUCUCCCAUCCAUCCCCCGUAUCCACCUCAUUCAUAUCUCGGCUGGUCUUGUCUCGGGCUCUUGUGCUUCGCCUCCUCCUCAUAUUCAAUCUCUGCCAUCUUUGUUCAAUUUGAACCUCCUUUCCCUUCCAACCAGUCGGCGCACAGUCUCCUUUCGUCUCGUCGACUUGCGAUCUUUCAUACAACCAAACAGCGGCCGGUUUACGCUUCCACGCAUGCGGGGUUACAAAUCAUCCAUUUGUUGAACACUCUGCCACGCUAUCAGCCUCUUGCUUGAUCAGGAGUUUGUCAGCGCGCAGUGAACACUCGUUGCUUGACCCUUCGAUCCUGCGACACUUGUUGGCUGUCGAUCCUUGACCCCAACCAUCAAAUACCUCGUUGACAUCAACAACAAUGUCUUGGAAGCUUACCAAGAAGUUAAAGGAAACCCAUCUGGGUCAAUCCUUGAGUCCUUUCUCUCGAUCCCCCUCUACUUCAACCAUCACCGAAAAGGAAAAGGAUGGCCAGGCUAGCGGCGCUGUUACGCCUACAACGGAAAAUGCCAUAGCUGCCUCUGAGGCCAUGACACAGGCCCCUGUUGUUAAGCCCCCCAAGCCCGGUAUUCUCGUUGUCACCCUCCACGAAGGUCAAGGAUUUUCUCUUCCUGAACAGCACCGAAGUGCUUUUGCCUCGUCACACCAAGGAUCGAUGUCUUCGUCCAACGCUCUUGGAAUGUCUGGCUCUGUUCGACCAGGAUCUUCACAACGUGUCGCCGGAUCAUUUGUUAACGGCAGUAACCGACCGCACUCUUCCGCUGGCGGCUUCAACGGCAUCCCCACCAACCACGGCCGAAUUUCCGGAAAGUACAUGCCUUACGCCCUCCUCGAUUUCGACAAGGUCCAGGUCUUUGUCAACUCGGUCGAUGGAAACCCUGAGAACCCUCUGUGGGCUGGUGGAAACACCCAGUACAAGUUCGAUGUGUCAAGAGUGACAGAGCUCGUCAUCCAUCUUUACAUGCGCAACCCGAAUGCGCCACCCGGAUCUGGACGAAGCCAGGAUAUUUUCCUCGGUGUUGUCCGCAUCAACCCCCGAUUCGAAGAGAGACAGCAAUACGUGGAGGACCCCAAGGCCAGCAAGAAGGACCGCGAGAAGGCUGCUGCUGAGCACGCAGCGCGCAAUGGUCACCAAGGAGCCGAGUGGGUCGACGUGCAAUAUGGCACUGGUAGAAUCAAGGUUGGUGUCGAGUAUGUCGAGACUCGAGCAGGUAAGCUCAAGAUUGAAGACUUUGAACUACUCAAGGUCGUCGGCAAGGGCAGUUUCGGCAAGGUCAUGCAGGUACGCAAGAAGGACACAAACCGAAUCUACGCUCUCAAGACCAUCCGAAAGGCGCACAUCAUAUCGCGAUCCGAAGUUGCCCAUACACUCGCCGAGCGAUCUGUGCUGGCACAGAUCAACAACCCUUUUAUCGUACCUCUCAAGUUCAGUUUCCAGUCACCGGAGAAGCUUUACUUUGUUCUCGCCUUUGUCAACGGAGGCGAGCUGUUCCACCACUUGCAAAAGGAGCACCGAUUUGACGUCAACCGAUCCCGCUUUUACACUGCUGAGCUUCUGUGCGCCUUGGAAUGUCUGCACGGCUUCAGCGUCAUUUACAGAGAUCUCAAGCCCGAGAACAUUCUUCUGGAUUACCAAGGCCAUAUCGCUCUUUGCGACUUUGGUCUCUGCAAGCUCGAUAUGAAGGAUGAGGACCGCACCAACACAUUCUGUGGUACACCCGAGUACCUCGCCCCAGAGCUGCUGAUGGGCCAAGGUUACAACAAGACAGUCGAUUGGUGGACUCUUGGUGUUUUGCUGUACGAGAUGUUGACAGGUCUGCCACCUUUCUACGAUGAGAACACCAACGAGAUGUACCGCAAGAUUCUAUCAGAGCCUCUUCACUUCUCUGAUGUGGUUCCCCCAGCUGCCAAGGAUCUCCUUACCAAGCUUUUGAACCGCAACCCUGAGGAGCGACUUGGUGCCAAUGGAUCAGCUGAGAUUAAGGCGCAUCCUUUCUUCCAUGCUAUUGACUGGAGGAAGCUUCUACAGCGCAAGUACGAGCCUACAUUCAAGCCCAGUGUGGCCGACGCUCUGGACACUGCCAACUUUGACCCCGAAUUCACAUCUGAAGCCCCUCAAGAUUCUUAUGUCGAGGGCCCCAUGCUCUCUCAAACCAUGCAGAACCAAUUCCAAGGAUUCAGCUACAACCGUCCGAUCGCUGGACUCGGAGAUGCAGGCGGCAGUGUCAAGGAUCCAUCAUUUGUCGGUAGUUUGACAGAUAACCGAUAAAUCGCUGGGUUGGAAGAGAGACAACGGGUAGACAGCGAGCAGGACUGGCUGACUCGGACAUGGUAUCAGUCUUGUCAAUGAGCCGGCUGAGGAGGGGAACACGUGUAAGCCAUGAUAAGGACAGCCUAGGAGGUGGAAACCUAGAGGAUGAAUGUAGAUAAGAAGCCUUUAUUUGCUUUGGCGUGUUGGAGUUUGAUACACUCGUUAGUUCUGUGGAUAUGUCAUUCUGUCAAUGUAGAUUGUCUUUCCGUAACUUUGUAUCGUUGACUCUGCUGUUCAUUGUCCAUUCUUCUUUACUUGUGACAAUGCUUGUUGUUUCGAUCAUUGUUCUGCGAGGCCAGCAUGC